GGAAGAACCAAAUAAACUUGUUGCCACCUCGCAUCGUUUGCACAUCUGGCGAGAGGACGUCCGCCGCGCGGAGGACUGGCCCCGCCAGAAGAAAGGGGCGUGGCCAGAGCGGGUGUCGGGUUUCACAGCCACACAAGGUGACUGCAAUGGUUGCCUUCGCGAACGCCGUGCCAAACUUGGCUGCUCUGUGAACGCGGCUCGCCGCCUCUAGUUCGCGCCUCGCCAGGGAGGCGACUUCAGCGCAGCGCUCCGGAGAAGCGACCGCGUGGACGCUGGGGAGUCGGCAGAAAACUUUGAGAAGGAGACCCGCCGUGGAGGAACGCAUCAGCCCGGCUCAAGUUCCAGCGGCGGCGGCGGCGGCGGCGGCGGCUCGAGGGGAGCGGGAGGAGGAGUCAAUAGGUCCCAGGCAAAGAGGAGAAGAGAUUUGUCCUGGCAUCAUGUGAGCGGAGCAUUUCCGAGGAGCUGACUGCAGUGGGAUCUACGUGCAUGAAUCACAGCUCCCCUAUCACCAGCAGCACCACUCCUGACUGCAGCCAUCAAAGUCACCUGCUCCUGACUCAACUUGCCCUCUGCCUCGCUCUCCCCCUUCAUCUCCGAGAUAAGGAAUGGCCGUGCUCCUUCCCGGCCUCCCCAGCACUCCUGGCAAAUAAGGCCUUUCAGCGUGUUUCACAAUACCAGAGAAAGGCAGGAUAAAACACUCCACAGUCCCCUUUAUGCUUUUGCCCCGUGUCUCUUUUUUAUCUUUGUUUCCUUAGUAACUCAACCCUCAACACGCACAUCCAGUAACCCAACAGGAUUUCUGUUUGGUGACAUCUGCAGGAGCCAUUUUAAGGAGACGUUUCCAAACCCAAAGGAGCUUUUUUACUAACUUCACUUGGCUUUCUGUUGGAAUAUGUACUUAUCCGGCGUCCCUAUGGGGGAUUAAAUCAUCACAGGAGUCUACGCUGACUGCUGUUUUUCCCCGUUACGUCUUGUGAAGGAGGUUUUCCUGUGGGGUGGACUGAGCCGUCAUGGCUGGAAAGGGCAACCAGGUGCCGGGCACCCACCUCAACGGCUUCCCCAUGCACACGUACUCCUACUUCUUCCCCCACAUGCUGGGGAGCCUGUCGCCUCCUGCCCUGCCAGGACUGCCCAUCAGCGGGUACAGCACCCCCUCGCCAGCCACGAUAGAGACCCAGAGCACCAGCUCAGAGGAGAUCGUGCCAAGCCCGCCCUCGCCUCCGCCGCCGCCCCGCGUCUACAAACCCUGCUUUGUGUGCCAGGACAAGUCCUCAGGGUACCACUAUGGUGUCAGCGCCUGCGAGGGCUGCAAGGGCUUCUUUCGGAGGAGCAUCCAGAAGAACAUGGUGUACACUUGUCACCGGGAGAAGAACUGCAUCAUCAACAAAGUCACCCGCAACCGCUGCCAGUACUGUCGGCUGCAGAAGUGCCUGGAAGUCGGAAUGUCAAAGGAAUCCGUGAGGAACGACAGGAAUAAGAAGAAGAAGGACGAGAAGAAGCAGGAGUGCACCGAGAGCUACGUGCUGAGUCCGGACACGGAGCAGAUGAUCGACCGGGUUCGCAAGGCGCAUCAGGACACCUUCCCAUCUCUCUGCCAGCUGGGCAAAUACACUACGACUAACAGCUCAGAACGACGCGUGUCCCUGGAUGUGGACCUGUGGGAUAAAUUCAGUGAACUCUCGACCAAGUGCAUCAUCAAGACGGUGGAGUUCGCCAAGCAGCUGCCCGGCUUCACCACGCUCACUAUUGCUGACCAGAUCACCCUGCUCAAAGCGGCCUGUCUGGACAUCCUGAUACUGCGGAUCUGUACGCGUUACACUCCAGAGCAGGACACCAUGACGUUCUCAGAUGGACUCACGCUAAACCGAACCCAGAUGCACAACGCCGGCUUCGGGCCCCUCACCGACCUCGUUUUUGCCUUUGCCAACCAGCUCCUUCCCCUGGAGAUGGACGACGCGGAGACGGGGCUGCUCAGCGCCAUCUGUUUGCUGUGUGGAGAUCGUCAGGAUUUGGAACAGUCGGAUAAGGUGGAUGUUCUGCAGGAACCCCUUCUGGAGGCCCUAAAGAUAUACGUGAGGAAGAGGAGGCCCCACAAACCCCACAUGUUCCCUAAGAUGCUGAUGAAGAUAACGGAUCUGAGAAGCAUCAGCGCUAAAGGGGCUGAGCGCGUCAUCACCCUCAAGAUGGAGAUCCCCGGCUCCAUGCCCCCUCUCAUCCAGGAGAUGCUGGAGAACUCGGAAGGCCUGGAAAGUGGAGCGUCAGGGAGCCGGCCCAGUGGCGACGCCACGGGCAGCUCCAGCCCCAGUCCUUCCCCCAGCUCUGCCCAAAGCAGUCCAGCUACACAAUCGCCGUAGUAACGGCCCACCUUUUAGUUUUUCCUCAUAAUGGUGCGCCUCCUCUCUGGAUGUCCUGUAGAGGAGGGGCGAAGGAGGGGGCUGGAUUCUGACUGCUGAACACAGACUGGCUGGGUCGACCCCUUCCCCUCCUGUGACACACUCCCCCACCUCUUGAUCCCUUCCCCUCACUCCGGAGCACUUUCCUGACGUGAGGGGAGGUACGUCGGGGCCGGCCGGGGUAACAGGACGCCUCUGAGAGACCACACCGUAAACACUGCUGAAGACUCCUCCUCCUUCUCCCUCCACUCCGCUCUCCACUUUUUUCCAAAGGACACGUGGGGGGAAAAAAAUGGGAACGCAGCGGAGACCGGUUUGACAUGGAACAGAGAGUUGAUGGGGCACCAUGGGACAAAUGUAUGGACAAGGAUAAUGCAUACAGACUGAUGCAACAAACACCAGACACUUUUUUUGCUGAACUGCAGACUGCAAGCUUGGGACUCGUCAAAAGACCACCUGCUCAAAGACUUUGGGUCUUUUUUCUUUUCCAGCUUCAAACAACAGAUUUCUUACAAAAGAUAUAUAAAUAUAUAUAGAAAAGUUAAGGAACUAUUGUGGUUGACAUGUCCAGAACGGGAUGGCAGGUUGAAAUGAGGCCAUGUUUUCUGAGAUUAGAAAAUGUUGUACUUCACCGUUUGAAUCUUUUCAUGCCCAUUAAGAGUAUUGAGAGAGACAAUUCAGUUUUAUCACAUUUGUACAUUAUUCUAAUUAACAAAAAGCAAAAGAUGUUGAAAACUUUCUCGUCUACACAUGCAAACACACACACACACACACACACACACACACACACACACACACAAACACACACCGUGCACAGAAAACAAGUCGCAAUGAAUAUCACAUUCUAUUCCAGGUUGGAUUUGUUUUCCUUUUUUUAUUUCCUAUUUUAUUUUGUUUUGCUUCCAGGUGAAUGGAAAAAUGAUUGUAUGAACUUAGUUGUAUGAUAUGGUCACAGGUCCUUUCAAAAAAUCAAAUUAAUGAAGAUUCAUUAUUAAGGUGUAUUUUAAGUAGCCUUUGAGUUUGUGUAUAUAAGCUGUAUUCAUUUCUUUAAAAACUAUGAAGAGUUUUAGGCUUCACCUUAUUUUUUUUUAAGAAUACCUUUUAUGUGUUUUGUUUAUAGGCUUGUGGUUCAAGAAAAGAAAUUUUGAGCACAUUUUACAGAAGGAAGUUUUUUAGUGUUUUGUGUCCUACUAAAUACUGGACAGACCCUUAACCAAUCACUGGCUGUUCAGAAUGUGGCUUUCACAGAAGAGUUAAACCCCUUUUCACUUUAAAAAAAGACGUGUUUUACAUACAGUAGGUAACAAAGUAGCACUCCAGUCGGGGCAUAGCUUUUUGGCCAUGUAGCAGAAAGAGAUUGUGUUUAUGAAAAGGGUGAGCUUAGAGGGCACCUAAUGCCUCCCAGGUUCAAGAGAGAUCCAGCCGAGGUCAAACGUAACGAGUGGUGUAAAUACACACUGUAUUAAACACAAAAGAUUCUGUGUUGUAUCCAAAUGGAACAGGAAUGGAGAAGAGAGUAGAUUGUUGGGAUCCCUCUACUCUGUCAGUGGUCAGGCAAGUGAAGAUCCCAAUGUGAUGUUUGUGAACAAAAUCCUCACAAAACACCCCCCAGCAACCUGUGGAAGCCAAUACGUGACCUUUUUGACGGAUCCAGAGCAACCUCACACCCUGUGACUCACUUUACACCAAAACGCCUUCACUGUUCACACACUCAUCAUCUAGACCAUCAUUACUGUACACAUGCCAAUGUCUCAGGAAGGAAUCAUUAUGUGUGCUUGGCCUGUUCUUUGUAUGUGUCCAGUGCUGCAACCCCCGAAGCUUCUAUCACAGAUGCACACAUACACAUUUCUGCUACUGAGCCCCAGAAUUUCUCUUCAGUCAAUCACUUUUGUUAGACCUGGCAGAGCAGGACUGGUGCAGAGAGACCCUGACCAUGACCCCACAGUGUCACAGGACGCCAGCGUGGAGUCUCUCUCUGUGGAGUCGUUCAUAUGUUCUUUUUAUUUGUACGGUCAAAGCUGCUUUCAUCAUUUAGGACUCAACCUGUCCAGAACGGCGCACAACUUUUCCCUCCACAGCUGAUCUGGAAUAGGAACAGACUCACCGUCAGUUUGAGAAGUAUUGAAUAUGUUGCAAUUUUGUCAAGAAUAUCAAGCGACUUUGAAAAUAAAAAAGAAAACAACAAAAAAAAGAUAAAAAAUAAAACCAACAUUUAAUAAUUAUCAAA